AAAGCCUGCUGGUCUAUGGGAGACAGGACUGUUUCUACAAUGGACGAAGAGUUGAAUUAUGCCACCAUACAUUUCAAAUCUCCAAAUAUUCAUAUUCAAAAACAUGACAAAGAAAAGGAAACUAUAUAUUCAGAUAUAAAGGUGAAGGAAAGUGUACUUGAUCAGACAGCUACUCCAGAAGGGAAUGAGAAACCCACUUCCCAUUGUCAGCCGGUCAGAAUAAUGGGAUUGUGUCUUGGCAUUCUUUGUUUUUUGUUGGUAAUAGCCAAUAUUGCCCUCAGUGUCUACUUCAGAGCUGUCAUUGCUGAGAUCAACACAAAAUUGAGUGAUUACAGCAACAUCACCUCAGAGAACUAUCUUUUAAAUGUAGAGCUGGUCAACUUAGAAAGACAGAAACAAGAGUUGUCAAAAGACAGGGAUAGACUCAACUGGACUGCUGAGAUCGACACAAAAUUGAAACAAGAGUUGUCAAAAGACAGGGAUAGACUCAACUGGACUCUUGAGGUCGUACUUCAGUUUGACAAUUUUCCAGUUCAUGACUACUGUCCACAGAAACAAGGAAAUCCCAAAGAGAGAGAAUGCAAACCCUGUCGCGAUAACUGGAUUGUAUUUCAGUCUAGUUGUUAUCAGUUCAUGAAUGGGUGGAAGUCAUGGUAUGGGAGUCAAGAGGACUGCAAAUCUAAGAAUGCCAAUUUGAUUGUCAUAGAAAGUAUGGAUGAACAGGAAUUCAUCAGUAACUACACCAACUUCUAUUAUGAUGCAUACCAUGGGUACUGGAUUGGUUUGAGUAAAACAGAGAUGCCAAAUCAGAGAUGGAAAUGGGUUGAUGGCAGCAACCUGACAACAAGGUACUUCACACCGAGACCCAUUGGUUCUAGCGGUGACUGUGUGUUGGCUAUGCCACAAAACCACUGGUUUCCCGAUAUUACACCUUUGACUAACUGGAAUACAGCAUCUUGCCAAAUGAAUAACAGAUGGAUUUGCAAGACUAAGGCAUUAAUAAAAUAGGCUUUUUAUUUUUAGUAUUGCUGCUAUUGUACUGGAGUAGUUUUUUUUAACCUGUGUUGGACUAUGGUGAUCUUUUAUAUAUGCAUGCCUCUGCUAACUGUCUUCGUAUGGUGGAUACACCAUGCUUCACUGCGAUUCAUUACAAAUUGUAAAGCUCUGACUCACCACUGUUAUACUCUCGGGUAGGAUGGCCUGCUUUGGCCACCCGUAGGCUCUGUCAUUGGUACACCUUCAUUUAUAAGGCAAUCCUUGGUCUGCUACCAAACUACCUGUGUGUUUUCAUUAUGCAGAAAAAUGCCAGGCAACACUCCUUGCGUUCUCAGGACUUUUUUAUGCUCGCUGUCCCAAAUGCCAGAAUGGAAAUGGGAAAAAGGGCUUUUAUGUAUUGUGCACCCUUAUCAUGGAAUGUGUUGCAGAGUGAUUUAAAACUCAGAGAACUGAUACCUCUUACUGCUUUUAAAUCUAAAAUGAAAGAAAUGGAGGCAGGUUCCCCCAAAUAUCUCAAAAUCAAUGUUUUUAAAUUAAUCAGGUUAUGUAACUGACUCAAACUUUUUUAUUAUUUAUUUUUUACUUGUCUCAUUCUGUGUUCUUCUGUCUGUAACUAUGUGUUCUUAUGUUGCUGCCUGUAUUGGCCAGGUCUCCCUUUAAAAAUAGAUUUUUAAUCUCAAUGGGAUCUUCCUGGUUAA